AUGAACAAGUACUCUGUCAUAUUACCCACUUACAACGAAAGAAGAAACUUGCCAAUCCUUGUCUAUUUGUUGAAUAAAACAUUCACAGAAAACAAAUUGGAUUGGGAAGUGGUGAUUGUGGAUGACAAUUCUCCAGAUGGUACUCAAGAGAUUGCCAAAAAAUUGAUUGACAUUUACGGCCCUGAUCACAUUCAAUUACGCCCCAGGGCUGGUAAAUUGGGGUUGGGAACUGCGUACGUGCAUGGAUUGCAAUACGUCACUGGAAACUUUGUCAUCAUCAUGGAUGCUGAUUUUAGUCACCAUCCCGAAGCCAUUCCUCAAUUCAUUGCCAAACAGAAAACUGAAGAUUAUGAUAUUGUUACCGGGACCAGGUACGCGGGAGAUGGUGGUGUUUACGGCUGGGACUUUAAGAGAAAAUUGAUUUCUAGAGGUGCCAAUUUCCUUGCUACUGUGGUGCUAAGACCAAAUGUGAGCGAUUUGACUGGUAGUUUCAGGUUAUACAAGACACCUGUUUUGAAAAAGAUUAUUGAUGUUACUCAAUCUAAAGGGUAUGUUUUCCAAAUGGAAAUGAUGGUGAGAGCUAGAAGUUUGGGUUUCACCGUUGGAGAGGUCCCAAUCAGCUUUGUUGACAGGUUGUACGGUGAGAGUAAGCUUGGUGGUGAUGAAAUUGUGCAAUACGCAAAGGGUGUCUGGUCUUUGUUCACAAGUGUGUAG